UGCAAACACUACAUGAUUGUGUUGAGAACUAACCUUGGUGAGCAGAUCAAAAUGUUUGUGUGGUAUAUUCAUUUAUCACACAUAGAACUAGAAUUAUAUUAACUGAUUCACAUAAUUGGAGGGCAGACUGCAAGCUGAUCUGCCUCAGGUUCUUGAAAUAAGUUUACCUAUGUAAAACAGAGAUGCCCCAAAAUACAAGGAAGUCAAAUUGGCAAUCUGGAAGAUUUAUGACUGCUGCUUGUGCAAAUCCAGAAGUCCUGAGGAGACCGUAACAAAUCCAUGGCUGAAGAUAGAUCACUUGGGUACCAGCAGUCAAGAAACCAGCAGAAAUACUGUACUUUGGAUGUGGAUGAUGAGGAUGGUGAAAACAUGAGUUCAAGCAGCACUGAUGUAAAAGAGAACCGUAAUCUGGAGAACGUCUCUCUUAAGGAAAGCAGUCAAACUCCUGGUGAGGCGCAGCUUUCAAAUGGCAGCAAUUCCUCCAUUAACAGAAAACGACCACUGGAAGAAGGCAGUAAUGGACACUCACAUCCAAAGUUUCGUGCUAAGAAGAGGAAGAAAACUCCGGGUCCCAUUUUGCCAAAGAAUGCACUUAUGCAAUUAAAUGAAAUUAAACCAGGCCUCCAGUACAAGUUACUAUCACAGUCUGGCCCAGUCCAUGCUCCUGUGUUUAUCAUGGCUGUUGAGGUCAAUGGACAAAACUUUGAAGGAUCUGGGCCCACCAAGAAAAAAGCCAAGUUGCAUGUAGCUGAGAAAGCCUUGAGGUCCUUCGUCCAGUUUCCAAAUGCCUCUGAGGCCCACCUGGCUAUGGGUCGAAUGCUGAAUGUUAAUACAGAUUUUACAUCAGAUCAUUCUGAUUUCCCAGAUACUCUCUUUAAUGGAUUUGAAACCCCAGCUCAAAGUGAUGAUCCUUAUCUCUUAGGGUCCAAUGGAGAUGGUUCCUUCAACUCAGGCAACUAUAAUUCUUUUGGUGCUUCUUGCGGUACCGGAAGAAGUACUGUAGGUCAGUCAGCAAUGACCGCUCCAUUUCCUUUUGCCAUAACCAGCGGAAAGAACCCAGUCAUGAUACUGAAUGAACUGCGCCCAGGACUUAAAUAUGAGUUCAUUUCUGAGAGUGGAGAGAGCCAUGCAAAAAAUUUCAUCAUGGCAGUGACAGUAGAUGGGCAGACAUUUGAAGGGUCAGGGAGAAACAAGAAGUUGGCAAAGGCUCGAGCUGCUCAAGCAACUCUUCAGACUUUGUUUAAUAUGCAACUGGACUCAACUCCAUCACGGCAACCUAUUCUUAGUGAAGGUCUUCAGCUUCACCUGCCUCAGGUGCUGGCAGAUGCUGUGGCUCGAUUAGUAGUGGAUAAAUUCAGUGAACUGACUGACAACUUCACUUCACCUCAUGCAAGGAGGAAAGUUCUUGCUGGUGUUGUCAUGACUACAGGAACUGAUGUCAAAGAUGCAAUGGUUAUAUGUGUUGCCACUGGAACUAAGUGCAUCAAUGGCGAAUAUAUGAGUGACCGAGGCUUGGCUCUGAAUGAUUGUCAUGCGGAAAUUGUUGCACGUCGAUCUCUCAUCCGGUUUCUUUAUUCCCAAAUGGAGUGUCAUUUAAGCAACAAAACAGAAGACCAUCAUAAAUCCAUUUUUGUUCGGUGCGAAGGUGGUGGUUUCAAAAUGAAAGAAAAUGUGCAGUUCCACCUUUAUAUCAGUACAUCACCGUGUGGAGAUGCCCGUAUUUUCUCCCCACAUGAGGCAGCAGUAGAGGAUCAGGGAGACAAACAUCCAAAUCGGAAGGCACGAGGUCAGCUCAGGACAAAAAUUGAAUCAGGUGAAGGGACGAUUCCGGUGAGAUCCAGCAAUACAAUUCAGACGUGGGAUGGCGUGUUACAAGGAGAACGUUUGCUUACCAUGUCAUGUAGUGAUAAAAUAGCCAGAUGGAAUGUGCUUGGAGUGCAAGGAGCUCUGCUGAGCCAUUUUAUGGAGCCUAUCUAUUUUGCCAGCAUUAUCCUGGGUAGUUUAUACCAUGCUGAUCACUUAUCUCGUGCAGUCUACCAGCGACUUACUGAUAUUGAAAACCUCCCAAGCAUUUAUACUCUUAACAGGCCUCUGCUUAGUGGUAUAAGUAACACUGAAUCACGUCAGCCAGGCAAAGCACCAAAUUUCAGCGUCAAUUGGGCUGUAGAGGAUUCUGCCUUGGAAAUCAUUAAUGCCAUGACAGGAAAAGAUGACAUGGGGCGACCUUCUCGGCUGUGUAAACAUGCUCUGUACAGUCGCUGGUUGCGCUUGCAUGCCAAGUUGCCAUGCUUGCUUCAAUCCAAGCACGAGAAGUCCAGUUCUUACUAUGAAGCAAAGCAGGCUGCUGUUGAAUAUCAAGCUGCCAAGGAGAGCCUGAUCAAAGAGUUCCAGAAGAGUGGAUUAGGCAUGUGGGUGAAGAAGCCCAUUGAACAGGAUCAAUUUGUUCUGUCUGUCUGAACCCAGAGAGAGGUGUUGGGAUUUUUAGGAAUUGAAAGCUGCUGGAAUUCCAUAUGUCAGAUGUAUUUAUUAACUUGUAACUUUAAACUAAUGUUUUUAUUUUGUAUUUCUAAAAUAAGGACAUGUCCCUUUUCUUGGCUACUGGCUAGAUUUUUAAAGUAGCACAAAAAAAUUAUAUACAGAAUAUUUCUAAUUGGCUUCUGUACUGAAAGGUGAUGUCAGCAAUUCUGUCUUUAUUUAAUUGUGCAGUACUGUACUUACUCUUUUUUUAAAUCAAAUAUACAAGUUUUUUGAAGACUAGUUUUCACUUCAGUUUCUGUAAAAAAAACUAUGCAGAAAGCAGUUCCCAUAAAUUUUAAGCAUUUUGUAUUUGGUUUAAUUGGUCAUUUUUGUCAAAUUUAGUUCUCAUUGCACAGGGUAUCCUAUAAAGCAAUGGAGCAUAUUUGGUGAAUUCAGAUACAAGAGUUAUUGUCCUAAUCUGUGGUGUGCUCAGAUAAAUCAAGCUGCAGAUUGGAUAUGCUAACCUGGGCACUCAGUUUCAUAGAAUCAUUGAAAAACCUUUCGCCCUUGAGCAUUUAAUCUGCCCAUCAGUAAGAUGAUGGUUCAUCUGUUUUGCUUUACACCACAAUAACCAUGCUUAUCAAAGAUAUAUCAACAAUGAUUUAAAAUGACCUGACCUUGCAUUAAUUGCCAGUUGAGAAAGAGAAUUCCAAUUUUUUCCUGUGCAGUGUCUUUUCUUUAACCACACUUAAAUACCUGGUUCUAAUUUUAUCCUCUUUCUAGACUCUCCAACCUGCAGAAAUAGCUUCCUUCUGUCUCCCCACCAGUUUCCUUCAUACCUUGAUAACUAAAUCAACACCACCCCCACCCUUAACCUUCUAAAUUUUGGGGAAAGCAACUCAAGUUAGUAUAAUCUCUCCUCAUUAUCCAGCCCUUGGGAUUCAAACAUACAGUAACUCUGGUAAAUCCAAGCUGCACUCGUGUCCAGAGCUAUUCACAAUACUCUGGUUAUCGUUUAACUGGAGUUUUGUAUGUAUAUCUGUAGUACAAUCUACUACCAUUUUACGAAGCUCGGCAUCAGUAACAUUAAAUGAUUAAUUUUUCCCACGGUGUGUUCUUUAUAAAAAAGUUGAUAGAUAAAACCUCUAAUUUAAUGGGAGUUCUCAUAAAAUUCAAAUGAAGGAGAAAAUCUACUCACCUCCUUAGACUAGAAAAAUAUGAAAAUUCUGUAAAACAGACGUAUUACCUAUUCUGUACAGUCACCUACUGUAGUUAUUCACUAGAUUUGGAAAUAUCCUUAAUUUGAUGAGCUGCAGCAUUUGUUUGUAUUCAAAAUAAAGCACUGUAAUUUUUAUUUAUGAACAUGAGUACACUGUUCUCACAGGUCCAUCUUAUCCAAGGGGGUGCAAUUUAUUCAACUGAAGUAAUUUUUGAUUGGAUUUUGGCAAAUUUAGCACAUCUGUAUUUUAAUUUUUGUUCUGUAAGUAUCAGCAUAAAAGAUCAAAAUCCAAAAAAAAAAGUUGUUUUGAAAAUUUAGUUGAAGAUUUAAGUACUUUUCAGCAAAAUUUAAAUUACAGCCUAGCCUGGCCAGGAAAGGAAUGCAAAUAGUCUAUAUCUGUGCCUGCUGCUUUUUCCUGCUCAUUCUUCAUGCACGGCCAUUAAUGUGCUGAUUUUCUUCUGUGUAAACUGGAAUAGCUUAUGUUUUAAUGCAAAUGUUUCUUAUCUUAAACAUUGCAACUGAAUGAAAGUAAUCAUGAGUGUAAAGGGUCACAUUUUUACUUCACAGUACAGUGGUUAAUUUUAUCCCAUGAAAUGUUGACUUCAUGCAUUGCAGAAAAAAGGGGGAAUGCAUGCAGCAGUGAUUAAAUCAUUGAAAAUGUACUGAAUUGCAAGUAAAAUAAUUCUUAAUUAUAUGCUUCAAUUCUGGAACUGGCAUGGUUUUUGUGCAUUCAAGGUCUUUAACUUGUUUUUGAAAGCUGUAUGUUUGUUGUUUCCACUGUUUAAAAAUCCUAGUUAUAAGUUUAACAAAUGGGUAUGUUUUCAUUCCAAGGUAGUUGCACAAUUAGAAAAUUCUGCUGGUGAUAAACUGAGAGAAUAUCUUGAGCCUUUAUGUACUUUUACCUGAAUAAAUCAGAUGUAGAAGAGGGGUUAUCAUAUAAUCUUUGUAUAUAUAUUGUGGUCCGGCUUAAGGGGAAUACCCAUUCUUCUAUACAUCCACAAGUGUUUUAAAUCAUGUCAGAUUUCAAACUUUUUGUUUAAAUAGUGAAUUCUAAUUGUAAUCUUGAUUACACUGAUAAAUACUGUUACCAUGUCAGUUCAGGCAUGUAAAAUUUGGCUGAAAUACCCAAAUAGAUUAGCAUGUUGACAUGUGAAAUUGGCUUUGUGCUUAGCAGCCAGAAUAGAAUAUGCUUACGUCAACAUUGGUCUGCAAGACCCAAGGUAAUGUGAAGCUUCUGUUCUGUGGGAUUUCUGAAGUUUAAGUCUUUUUGAAUGAAUUCUCUGCAGAGAUAUGAUGUGUCUGUCCAUUAUUGACAGUACUCAGAUAAGUUCAAAUUGUUUUUGCAUUCAUGAUUUUAACUUAGAGCUUUGCUUAACUGGAGGCACCAUUGCUGCAAUAAGAGACCCUAUUCUAGUUAUUUUGAAGUCAGCCAAGAACCAUCUCAUCAGUCACGUUUGGUGCAAUGAUUAAAACUAGAUCAUCCAAGUCAUUUCAUGAGAUGCAGAAUUGUUCAAUGCCUUGUCUGAUACUUGCCCACGUGUUCUAUUACUCACUUGCUUAUUAACACUCUGCUUAAUAUAUUCAGUUAAUUCUGCUGAAACCAACAAUCCAACAGUAUCUAGCUAGCUGUUUAUUGAAAUAUUUUUGUUUAUUGAGUCAUAAAGCAUGGAAGCAAGCCCUUUGGCCCAAUUUGUCAGUGCUAACCAAGGUACCCACCUAAGUUAGUCCUAUACCGCUUUAAACAUUUUCUACCCAGAUACUUGUACAAGUGUCCCUUAAAUUAUGAGUGUUUCUUCUUAGAUGAAAGAUUAUGUACUUCAGGUUCAUAUAUGUUGAGUACCUUCUUACUUAGCUAACUGUAGUUUUCUAUCAUUAGAAUUUGUGCCCUGUAUCCCAAGAAAUUGACAAGUUGUGCCUAUCUAGUGAAGAAAUGACUAAAACUUCCAUCAGCUUGUUUCUGAUAAAGGCGGUAAUAUUGAUAACCCACACAAUGAGAUCCCUCGCACUGGAUUUUCACCCGCUUUUUCUAGAUUGAUUUUUAAAUGCAGAUUAGUCCAUGAAAAAAUGCAGAGUGGAAGAUGAGGCAAGCCAGCUCAGUAUUCAUCAGUCUUUUUAUUGAUAAUAUUUUAGGCAUAUAUGAAUGAGUAAGGAACUGAAAUAACUAAAUAAUUAGCUCUCCAAACCAAAGUUAAAGAUGGAUAUUAAAUUUUAAUGGAAUUUAUGUUUGAUGUGUUUAACCUUGUAAGCAAAUUUAGAAUAUACUCCAUGAAUUGGAUAAUGAACUUGAUUCUUUCAGGGUAGUUAGAAAGGAAGUGACGAUCCCACCCAGCUGAAGAACAGAACAGCAAGUCUGCAGGAAUUGAGAACCUUUCUACGACCUUUGACACUUGAACUCACUCAACAUUUGAUCUUGGAUGAACGAUGGGUUACCACAUAAAUUUUCUAUUUAACCUUGUCCACAGGUAGAAACACAGAUUUUGAUUUACGUUAACUAAAUUGUAUAGUAGUGUUCGUGGACUUGAUAAUAUUUUUGUCUUGCCUUAGAAAAGAAAGAACAAAAGAAUAAUGGAUGGAUUUGACUGUGAAAUAAUUUUAAGUAGUAAAAGCAAUAUUCCAAUGUUAGAGGAUGUAACAUUAAUUUUAAUGCUUAGAUUAUUUUGAUAAAUAAAUGGGUAUCUGAUAGGAAUUUCCUGCCAUAACCUGCUAAUUUCAGCUAAAAAGAAUUUUGUUGCACUUUUUGAAAUAGCAAGGAAUUUCAAACCUGCAGCAAUUCACUGCUCCACUGGCAAUCCCAACUCAUGUGCCUUUGUGUGCAAUACCACUUUAGUUUCUUGAGUUGCAAAUUCAUUUACUGCAUUUACCACUUCUGUAGAGUUCCAAAACCUGAGGUCACAAAUCAAUUUAGGAUCUGUAAUUAAUAAUUUUGAUGACAAAUUGAGAAACUACCUAGAGAGAAUUGACAGUGUGGAACUUAGUACCAUAUAGUUAGCAAAAAUGUAUCAAUGCAUUCAAGAAAAGGCAGUUUUUGCAUUGUAAUUUACUGUAAUUAGCUAGAAUAUUUAUCUCCAAUAGUAGAAAAGCAGUAUUUUUGUGUUGUCUCUUGCAAUAGAUCUGUUAUCCUGUGGUGAACCCAAUCCACACUAAGGGUAUCAUCAACUAUGUACUUUGUCACCAUUGCUAUUCCAUACUGUAAUAUCUUAUUAUUAUUAAAGUGAUGAAUUAUCUUGCACUAUGGGAAUGUAUUGUCAAGUAUCUAACCCUUGCACAUCAGUGGUAAUGGAAGGGUGACUUGUUCUUCAUUGCUUCAACAAGGAAAUGUAGUGUAAAUGUCCUUUUUUGUAAGCAUACAUUUGUUACUUUUAUAUUUAAAAGGAACAAUCGCUUAAACACAACUUUCACUGUCUUAUGUAAUAUAAUUUGUACAUGGGCUUCGGAAGCACAUCGGUGAAUACAAUGUUUAAUGCAUCUUGUAUUUAAUAAGUGAAUCCCGUUUAGUUUUUAUACCUUUUAAUAAUCAAUAACAUUGCAAAGAUAAAAAAUGUUAAAUAAAACUUGACGGCUAAAAAAAAGAUUGGAUUUUUUAGUGUGUGCAAGUAUUCAAAUUGCUGUAGUACACAUUGUCAAAGUGUCAGUUGGAUAAAAUAGUUAAAGCACUAAUAACUAAACUUCUGCUGGAUAUUUUGGCCUGUUCACUUUAGGAGAGGUGAUAUCUUGUGGCUGUGCUUUCUUACUUACAUUUCCAUUUUAUCAUCUCAAGAACUUUUUGAUGCAUUUGUCAGUUCAUCAGUUUUGGCUACAGUAUAAUUUACACCAUGCUUACAGGUUAGUGAAAAGAAACUGAGCUUUUUUUUUGGUUGACACAUAGUCAGUCAUUUGUUCAGUGUCAAUCACGUAAUCCAUUGUGGGGAAGAGCAUUGGGACAGAUCUAACACCUGGAAAAAAGCACUAAUAUUGUGACUAACCCUAAAGACGUCCCAGCUUCUAGUUCUGGUCUAAAUCAGCACAGGGGUUUUGCACCCUCAUGUUCCUUGUUAUCCUGUCUGUUGGAGUCCAACAAAGCAGUUUAAUCCCCUGAAGACUUUGCACUCAGGGGCAAAAACAAUUGCUUCAAAUCUGUUUCAGCUUGACCCUGGUUCAUAGUUCUCCCUAUUAAAAUGAAUAGAAGACAUCAAUUCCCAAGAGAAAGAUAAAUAGUUAUGUUUUUAUUGUUCAUUUUAGUUUUAAUUAUUUCAUUUGAUAUUCAGUGUGUGGUGAGAUUUUAAAUUUAUUUAUUUAAAUGUAAUAUUUUCUCUACUAAUUUUAAUAUAUCUUUGUUUUGGGUCCUAUUGCUAUUGAAUAUUUGUGAACGUGACAGACAUUCACAAUAUUCAAAGGUCCCGAAUGCACUGCUAGAUUUGACAAUUGUUGAGUCUCAGUUCUUACUCCCUGUCAGUAUUUUUGAGUCUAGCCAGCUGUCUGUGUUAGGGGAAAGGGAAGAUCAACACCAUUGGGAAGAAAGUGAACAAGAAAGAGCAUGUUAAUCAAUGGAUAGCGUUCCAACUAACUUCAAGGAAGACAUCUACAAUAUAUACUCAAAUGUGGUGUUGGAAAGAAAAAUCUAUUAUUGAGCAAAUUUAGUAGUUUGGCCAUUAGACCAUGUAAACACAUUUUGUUGGGAAACUAGCAUCAACUUUUUAGCUUAAUGACAAAAUACUCAUGGAAGCAUUGUGUCCUGGCAGUUCUUUCUUUGCAGAUCAUAUCAAAAGUAACCUGUGGGUUGGAAAUCCAUAGAUGUCGUUCAAAGGAUAAUAUAAAAGACUUGGAAAGAAAAUAUAUACCAGAAUAAUGUCCAGCUCUUCAGGGUCUAACGCUCUAGAGAAUGGAAGAUGCCCCUCACAAAAUCGUGUUCCAUUCCAGUUUGGUGAAAAUGCAAUCCAAAUCUGGCCUAUCUGUGCCAUUUUAAAAUCAGCAGUAGGGUCAGGGAAGAUUGACAGAGAAUCAUUUCUCCAAGCUGUGCAAUCGUGAAUGGUGAUCUGCUAUUACAUUUUACAGUUUUCUGCCAACUGGCCCAACCUUAUUAUACAGAUGAUUUUGAAAACAAACAUUUUUUAGAUGAUUGCAUCAAAACUUCUGAUGUAGUGGAUUACAUUUUUAAAAUGCAAUAAUUGCUGAUGAAGGUAGAGAAUAUGAACAGUGGGAGGCAGCUAAGGGAGAGCAGUAAUGAUGUGAUCUUCAAGUUGAACAUUGCAGUACUUCCAGGAAUAACUGGCCAAAAUGUUCUAUUGUUUUUAUAUUAAUAGAUAGCUCAUUGAAUUGAGCAUCCAACUGUUGUAACCUUCCUCAGCUUGCAUUAUUAUAUCUCAGCAUUUGACACUCUCAGAAUGCAAGCAGGAAUAAUUAGAGGUAAUUUUAUAAACAAUAUUUGUAUCAUGUUAUAAAUUUUAGUAUUUGCUGCAAAAUUUCUUGCUAUAUCAGGCAUCCAAAUUAGAAGUACAAUAUAUGUAUUGGAUGUGAACCACGAGCAAUCAACUCAGUUAACAUGAGAAAGCAUCCAAAGUGAUUGACAAGAACACCGUCAAGCAAAUCUGCAUGCAGGUCACUUGAGGAAACAUUAUGGCAGAUGAAUUUGGUCCAAAAAGGAGUUUUAAGGAAUACCUUAAAAGACAAAGAGUUUAGGGAGGAAGAGUACUCCACAACUUAAAACCUUCAUAACCAGUAUUGGAGCAAUUACAUAUGGUGGUGAUCAAGAGAGCAAAAAUUGUAUAGCUCGGUCACUUAGGAAAUAGUCAGUGUUGGAGCACUCAUAUCCAGAGAUAACAAGCAUGAAUAAGAUUUCUAGCAACAGAUAAGUUAAGCACAUGAUAAGAAAAGCUGAAAUUGUGAUGACAGUGAUAUGAUACCAAAAUUGUGAUAGUUGGAUUCUAUUUCAAAGUAGUCAUGGCUGAGGGAUGAGGAUAAAGAGUAUAUACAAGUGAUAGAAGCAGAUCAAUUUAAUGUGCAAUUAUGGAACAUUUUCAGUCACUCUGCAUUCUAUGGCAGACAAGCAAUAUAUUAAUUUGAGGCAUGGAUGGAUCAAAAAAGGAAGUUGGGUUGAAUAUCUGAUUUAGACAUAUGAAAGGAUUAUUUAAUAUUCUGAUAAUGCAGCUAUAUUCUGAAUCAUAUUUGUAAGUAUGAUGAUUAAAAUAGGAAAUCCUGUUAUUUUAACUCUUUAUAGCAAUGCAUUGGGGUAAAGAACAAAGUAAAUGAGAUAAUGUGUGAGGAUGUAUAACUUUUCCUAUCUGCAUUUAGUGUAUAGUCUCCAUUUUACAGACAUGUUAUGAAUCAUGAGGAAAAUGAUGAAAGUUUUGAAUAUGAUUUUUGGAUUUUCAUAAUAUUACUUUCAUCUAAUUCUGCUUUCCUUGUACAUUAUUCCUUAAAUUGACUCAAAUUUGGGACUCCAUGUUUUAUCCUGUCUGCAAAUGAGUUGAAUUCUGUCUUAUUUCAAAAGCAAUGGUUCCAUUUAGCAACAGCUGAAAUAGUAGUGGGUACCUGGGCAGAGGUAGUUAUUUCAGUAAUUGUAAAUUCCACAAGUAGCGAAACAUUGAACUUGGCAUGGAUAUUUUUCAUAUAUCAUCCUCCUUAUGGACAGUCCUCCCUUAUGGCAAUGUUGACCAACAGUAGACAACAUUGAAAAUCCAAGUACAAUCCUGAAGUUUGAAAGAAUUCUCUAGGCUUAUAUGAGAGUUCAAUUUUAAGUCAGUGAUUGUGUGUUCACAUCCCUUUGUGAUUAUGUAGCUAUCCACCCUUUUUAAAAUUGAAUUGACUGACACUACCUGAAGUUGAACAGGUCAACAUCCAGCUUUCUCAUUUGAUAGUUUUUGUGAAUUUUAUAACCAAACUGUCCUACGUAAUGUAGCGAUAAAAAGCAAACCAAGGCAAAGCUACGGAGAGAAAAUUGUAACUUCUUUUAUUUGGAUAUGAGUUACUAAAAUGAGGCAUCAUUUUCGUAAAAUAUUCCGUGGCAUUACAGGAAAAGAGGGAGAUUACGAAAGAAGUGGUAGAGAUGAUCAAAACUGAACAAGUUGUGUUUAGGAGAUUGUUCACCUUAAGACUUUAUGGUAACGUUCCACUGUGUAAUGAGCAGGUUCUACUGUAAUCACUGCAUGAGUGCCAGCACUAAUACUGUACCAGUUCACAUUAACAAUCCCAGCAUGAUUCUCUGUUACAUGUAGAAAUGAAAUAAAAAUAAAUUUACA